ACCAUUGAUUUUAACGUAAUAAAGAAACUUUAUGAACUAAUUAAUUCAAAGUUAGUAAUCUUAAAAUUAUUACUAUUUUUAUUUUUAUUUUUUGUAACAAAGGAAGGGGAAGAAAGAGGGCAGAGCGGUAAAAACGGAUGCAACGAAUUUGAUAAACCGAUCACGUCCGGAAGCCAAGCUGGUAUAUAAACCCUAUUCUUUGUCUGAAAACCAUUGAUUACAAUCGACAACCCUAUUUUCUCUCCCUCUCUCUUUCCACCCACACUUUCAACCAAUCUCUCUUUCACUCCCAACAAAUGGCCGAUCAGCUCACCGAUGACCAGAUCUCCGAGUUCAAGGAAGCCUUCAGCCUAUUCGAUAAGGAUGGCGACGGUUGCAUCACGACAAAGGAACUUGGAACUGUGAUGAGAUCGCUUGGGCAAAAUCCAACAGAGGCUGAGCUCCAGGACAUGAUCAACGAAGUGGAUGCAGAUGGAAAUGGAACCAUUGAUUUCCCAGAGUUUUUAAACCUCAUGGCAAGGAAGAUGAAGGAUACAGACUCGGAGGAAGAAUUAAAGGAAGCUUUCAGAGUCUUUGACAAAGAUCAGAACGGUUUCAUUUCUGCUGCUGAGCUUCGUCAUGUCAUGACAAACCUCGGUGAAAAACUCACUGAUGAAGAAGUUGAUGAAAUGAUCCGUGAGGCAGAUGUUGAUGGCGAUGGUCAAAUCAACUAUGAGGAGUUUGUUAAGGUCAUGAUGGCCAAGUAAUAAUAUAAUUAAUAGUCCUAGUUUUAUUUUUAUUUUUAUUUUGUCAGUAUCUAGUUGUUGUCAAUUGGUUUCUUUCGGGCCAUGCAUGGAUAUCCUUCUUGUUUAAUUAUGUAUCUGUCACAAGUUUAUAUAUAUUUUUUUAUGUUGCUGAUUCCGAUUUCAUUCCAAAUGCUCCGCUUUUGCUUUCUGAAAAUGAUAUCGAGUGAGAUGUAUGUAACCGGAAAUUAUAUAAUCACUUUUUUAGUGUGUUGUGAAAUACAUAAAUCACUUUUUAACGUGUCGACGAAUCUUGUGACUUUA